AUGGCAGUCAUGGACCUGUUGAUAGAAAAGAUAAAUGACCUCCAGGACAUAUGUACAGAAAACAACAUAUCAAAUAGAAUCGAGCUUCCGCAAAUAGUAGUUGUCGGUAGCCAAAGCUCUGGAAAAAGUAGCGUGCUUGAAAACAUAGUGGGAAGAGACAUUCUUCCGAGAGGAACAGGGAUCGUCACCCGAAGGCCAUUGAUAUUGCAGCUUAUUUACAGCAAAACAGAAGACUAUGCUGUCUUCAAUCACCUUCCAGAAACAAAAUUUACAAACUUCGAGGAAGUAAAGAAGGAAAUCAUCAAGGAAACAAACAGAAUCCUAAAAUCAAAGAAUGACGUUUCCCCACUUCCGAUCACACUUAAGUACUAUUCCUCAAAAGUUCUCACGCUUACACUGGUCGAUCUUCCAGGAUUGGUAAGGGUUCCAACAAACGAUCAGCCUAAGGAUAUAUGUACCAAGAUAACAGAGAUAUGUAGAAAGUACGUAUCGAAUAGGAAUGCACUAAUCCUUGCAGUAUCUUCCGCAAAUACAGACAUAUCGAAUUCGGAUGCCUUACAGCUUGCAAGGGAAGUGGAUCAUAAUUAUGAAAGAACAAUCGGAGUUCUUACCAAGGUAGAUCUGAUGGAUUCGGGAACAGAUGUUGUAGACAUACUAGCUGGAAGAAUCAUAUGCUUAAGACUAGGGUUUGUUCCUGUUGUAAAUAGGAGCCAGCAGGAUAUCGAAAGAAAUAAAAGCAUACAACAAGCAUUAAAGGACGAGGAGGUGUUUUUCCUAUCUCAUGAGUCUUACAAGAGGAACAGAGCGUACUGUGGAACAGGAUAUUUGAUAACAAAGCUUCAUAACAUUCUUCACGAACACAUAAAACAAUGCUUACCAGAACUUCAAGAAAGAAUCAACAGUGGAAUGAUUGAUGCUCAAAACAACCUUCGAGAUCUUGGAAACAUAUGCUUGAGCCCGAAAGAAAAUGUAAUGCGAAUCAUCAACACUGUUUCCAAAAGAUUCAGCGAUAUUCUCUCAGGAAACAUCGAGUCUAAGGGAAACGAGCUGAUGGGGGGAGCAAGGCUGAACUAUGCAUUCAAUCACCACUUUUCAAAGUUCAUAAAUAGGCUUGGUGCUCUUGACAACAUUCAUGACGAGCAAAUAAGGGCACUACUGUAUAACUCUAGUGGAUCGUCAUCUGUACUGCUAUUUGGACAUGUAGCCUUUGAAAAGCUAGCAAGGGUUUCUGUGGAAUCCUUCAAGUUGCAUAGCUUAAAGCUUGUGAGCAUAGUAUUUUCCGAGCUGGUUAGAAUGAUUAAGCACAUUGUAGAUGUUUCCACAGCAAGUAGGUAUCCUGUACUUGGAGAAAGGAUUAUAGCCUGUGCGAUCGGAAUGUUUAAGGAAAGAUGUGAUGCAACACAUAAACUGGUUGAGUCAUUCGUUGACUGGAAUACAGGAUACAUCAGUACCAGGCACCCCGACUUUAUACGAUGGAAUGAAAUGUUAUCAAGGGAAAUGGAGGAUUCUGUACUUGAAAGAAAGGCAGAAAAGAUAGACUUCUACAAGGGAAUGGAAAGCAAAGCCACUCUUGAUUCCAUUCCUAAUACGUUAAGGAUUCGCGAUGGGCUUUCCGAGCAAGAGGUUAUAGAGAUAAACAUGAUUAAGUCCAUGGUUGAGUCUUAUUUCGAAAUAACCAAGAAGAUAAUUGUUGAUCAAGUUCCAAAAGCAAUAAUGUGUGAGUUAGUCAAAAAGGCCGAAAACUCACUUCAGGAGACACUAUUCAUGGAGAUAUACAACAGGGAAGACCUGGAUUCAAUAGCGUCAGAGUCGGAAGAAGUGAAGUUAGAAAGAAGUAGAAUAGAAUCCAUGUUAAAGGCCUUGAAGCAAGCCUAUGAUAUAAUAUGCUCUUUAUGA